UGAAAGGUCACAUGACUUGCUCUCCCAAAACAAAUCGAACGCACCCGAACUGCCGACAGCCCAACAUUUCAGCCAUUUAAAGUUCACUAAAUGAAACAGUGAUGAAUGUGCGGUUAAGUUAACUCGUAAACUUGUAUUACGUAAUUCCCGGAGAGGUAGAAAGUUUCCCACUCGAAAAUGUUUCUGUCAUAUCAUUGCGCUGUUUUGCUCGCAGCCAUUGCCCGCCUAACAACGACGACCUUCUCCACAGCGGAACGCAGCGAGUGUGCUGCCAGAAGCUUUGGCCACGACUCGGUGGUGUGUGAGUGCAACUCCACGUACUGCGACACCGUUGGCGUCGUGUCUGUCCCCCCGCUGGGUCACCACAUCUCCUACCUGAGCAGCAUGUCUGGAAACCGGCUGGAGGAAAACCGAGGUCCGGUCCGAGCCAACAGCACCGGAGCUGGCCUCAGACUGACUCUCCUUCCAUUCAAGAAGUACCAGAAGAUGAGAGGAUUCGGUGGCGCCAUGACAGACGCAGCAGCACUGAACAUCCUGUCGCUUUCUGCUGGAGCACAAGAUCAACUGCUGAGACAGUACUUCUCCAAGGAAGGUAUAGGUUACACAGUGGUGCGUGUGCCCAUGGCCAGCUGUGACUUCUCCACACGUCUGUACACAUACGCUGACACACGGGACGACUACGGCCUGCACAAUUUUGCCCUGGCCCCUGAAGAUGUACACAUGAAGAUCCCUCUGCUGCAGAGAGCCCAGGCCAUGUCUCCUCAACCCUUGUCUCUGCUGGCUAGUGCCUGGAGCGCCCCCGCCUGGAUGAAGACAAACAAUGCACUCAUAGGAAAAGGCUCACUGAAGGGAAAACCUGGUGGAAAGGAGCAUCAAAGUUGGGCUCAGUACUACAUUAGAUUCCUUGAGGAAUAUGCCAAGUAUAAUUUGACAUUUUGGGCCGUGACCACAGGGAAUGAACCCACAGCAGGACAAAUGACAAACUACAGUUUCCAGGCGCUGGGUUUUAGUCCCGAGGAGCAGAGGGACUGGGUGGCCUUGGACCUGGGCCCCGCCCUCCACGCCUCAUCUUUCCCGCACACUCAUGUCCUCAUGCUGGACGACAACCGCCUGCUGGUGCCUCACUGGGCCAAAGUGGUGCUGAGUGACAUCCACGCAGGCCGGUACAUCCACGGCGUGGCGGUGCACUGGUACCUGGACAGUAUGUUCCCUGCAGGGCCCACCCUUGGAACGACCCACGAGCUGUACCCAGAGUAUUACCUGUUCGGCACGGAGGCCUGCGCCGGCUGGAGCCCGCUGGACCGGGGGGUGAAGCUAGGCAGCUGGCAGAGGGCCGAACAAUACGCGCAUGAUAUCUUAGAGGACUUAAAUCAUUAUGUGACGGGCUGGACCGACUGGAACCUGGCGCUGGAUCAGAGCGGUGGGCCCAACUGGGUGAAGAACUUUGUGGACAGCCCUGUCAUCGUGGACGGCGGGCGUGACGUCUUCUACAAGCAGCCAACCUUCUACAGCAUGGCCCACUUCAGUAAAUUCCUGUGUGAGGGCUCUCAGCGAGUCGGCGUGUCUGCAAGUGGAGAAACGAACCUCGAAUUCUCUGCCUUCAUCCGGCCGGACGGCUCAGUGGUGCUCAUUAUACUCAACAGGUCAUCAUCAGCCAUACAGUUUGAAGUGUGGGACCAAGUGGUCGGCUACAUCCCCUCCACAGCGCCGCCUCAUUCCAUACUCACGCUCGUUUGGUACACACUGGGAUUAAAUACGUAAUAUGUUUUUGUUGUUCAUAUGCCGGUAAGCCUUAAUUGCAGCAUUUCAGAAUUAUUAUUUUUUUUUACCUACUAGGCAAGGCAAUUUAUAAAGCACAUUUCAUCUACAAUGUAGUUAACUCAAUGUGCUUUACGUGAUGAAAAGUGUUUAAAAACAAAAACAGUGGGGGAAAACAUCUUACUACAAUUACUAAAAGAAGAUACAGUGCAAGAAAGAUUACUAUUAUUAUUUUUUUAAAUAAAAUGAAAAUACUCAAUCAUAAGCAUGAGACAUUGACACUUGGGGCUAACUUCACUUGUGUUGGCAACUUAUUCCAUUUGUGUGCAGCAUAACAGCUAAAUGCUGCUUCACCAUGUUUGCUUUGGAUUCUUAACUCCACUAUUUGACCUCAGUCUGUAGAUCUGAGCCCUUCUGGGUUUAUAUAUGCCAUUAGCAUUUUUUUCAUGUAUUCAGGAACUAAACCAUUUAGUGAUUAAUAGACCAGUUGUAUAACUUAAUUAAUUCUAGAUAACUUUUAAUAUGUACUCUCAAACUUCCUACAAGAAGUUAUAUUUAUUAGGGGCGCACUGAAAACGCAUGGUACUACUAGAAUAACAUUUAGGUUUGACAUGGCAAAACAAUUCAGAAUUCAGAAAAAACGAACAAAAUUUAACAUCAAAGACAGAACAUUCUGACAACCAUAAUCUUGCAUGAAAAAGUUUAUAGGAUUAAAAUAUUAACUGUUAAAGGAAAAAAAGGUUGAAAUUUUGUGAGAAACUGAAUUUUACAUCAAUAAGGUUGUAAUUUUGUGUGUAGUUAUGAGAAUAAGAAAAACAUCUAAAUAUGUGAACUUUUUAAUUUAGCGAGAAUGUGCUUUAAGUUGUACAUUUGUAAUAUUGCAAAAAGUGUAAAUGAGUGGUUGUAAUUUUGCAAGAAAAAUGUACUAAUCAUUUGUAAGAAAAUGUUUAAAUAUUAGGAAGUCAUGAUUUUGGGACAAAAUGUUGGGAUGUGAGAAUAAUUGAGGAAAAGGCCCCCAAAAAAUGAGAAUAAAGUUGUUAUAUUACAAGUGCAAAGGUGACAAUGAAAGUCAUGUUGCAACAUUAUCAGAAUGUUCUCUUGACUUUGAGAAUAAAGUUUGUGCCAUUUAC